AUAGCAAACACAAUGGCGGGACCCACACACGUGAAAUGCUUGUAUUGUUUUGCUGGCAAAUCCCCUCUCUCUCUCUCUUCCAUCCAUUUAUCUGCUCCUCCCAUUGCACUCUCUCUUCCGCGUUUUCUCCAGCUUCCACACUCUUCUUUCAAUUCUCUCCUCUCUUUCUUCCUCAAUUGCAUUUCCUCUUUUUAGGGUUUAUCCCCACUGUACAUAGAUCUCGAGUGUGUCGGCUGCCCGCAAAUCAUGUAAGCUAGAAAGCUGUGAUGGAUUGAGGUCGAUUCCCAGAUGGUUAUUGCGGACUGGUACGAUCCAAUGGCGAGAAGAACUCCGAAGAAGGUCUGGCUUUGCUCUCAAAUGUCGGUGGGAUUACUCGUGGGUGGAAAUCACACCUCCUCCAGGUUUUGCACCCGCUAAACCCUCCUUCUCCUCCCCGUUUGGCUUCAAUUCCCCUAAUUUUUCAUCGAAUCUGAGUUUCUACUCGAGAAUUCUGCUUUGGAACGAGCUCUCUCUUUCUAGAUCUGGUAAAAAACAGAGGUUUUAGGAAUCAAUUAAGGAGAUUUGGGAUUGAGUUUUGAUAGAGAUGGAUUUGAAGGCCUUGAAGUGGCAAGUUCUUCGCGGUUCGCUGAUGAGGCGUUUGCUUCUCAAAAUGUUGAUGUUUGGGGCUGGAGUCGUAAUCGUAUCGCUCGCUCAAUUGGGGCAUGAUGUCCAGUUCUCGGAUCCGUGGAUGCCGAGCAUUGAUAAUGGAUGUGGUUUGAAUUUCAGCUUGAGCCGUAGUUUCUUCAAGCUCGCAUAUGCAUUUGGGGUGGUUUCGAUUCCUUGCAGAGAGAAUCGGGCUUUAGCGAAGAACGUGUUCGAGGAGUUGAUGGUGACCAGCUUCUUGGACUCUGAUGUGAAGUCACUCUGUGUUGGAGAGGGUGCUGAUGAAGCCGUGUUGGCCUUGAGAGAGUUGGGAUUCUCUGAUGUUUCGGCUGUUAACCGCCACCCGUUCUUCUCCCUCGCGAAGAGGAGGUUCGUGUACGAGCUCGAUUACGACGACGGGGCUUUCGACUUUGUGUUUUCCGGAGAUCUCGGCAGGGUGUCAGUCCCCGCCCUCCUCGUGCUCGAGAUCGAGCGGGUCCUACGCCCUGGCGGCUCUGGCGCCGUGCUUCUCGGCACCCAUGGGUUUUACUCGGGAAACCUAGUCACGCACGCCACGCCGGUCUCUUCGUUUUUGAAGAGCUCCGACGUGGCGCACGUGGGUUCUGUGGGCCCCUUCACCCUCGUCCUCUUCAAGAAGAGGUUCGAAGAAAGCGACGCGAUGCCGCUCUUUGAGCGGUUCAAGCUACCCGAUCAUUGCCCGUCGGUUGCAAACAACAAACCCCUGAUCCCAUUCCUCGAGCCCCUCGUCAACGACGAGACAAACAUUUCUUAUUUGCCCCGCUACAUGAACGUCUCCUCAAGGAACAAGCUCGUUUAUAUAAACGUGGGAGCGGGAGAGCUUGUGGACAUGACCAUUACGACAAUGUUGAAUUCGAGCUAUCAUUUUCCCCGCCAAGCGCUAGACGCUUAUGUCAUCGAUCACAACGCGUACGCCCUCUCGUUGUACGUGAAGACUCCGGGGAUCACGUUCGUCUACCACCCGGGACUCGCGGGGGAGGAGGAGAUGGAGCAAGACAUCAACUACACCGACGAGGAUCUCGAGGAGGAGGAGGACGAGUUCGAUUUCAUCCGUUGGUUCAAUGAGACGGUGAGUGGGGAAGAAGAGCCGCCGUUCGUGGUGCUCAUGAUGAACGCUCGCCCGGUGGAGUUGCAGAUUCUUGACGAGCUGUUCAGGACCGGUCUGAUAUGCCACGUGGACGAGCUCUUCCUUCGCUGCUCGGACACCACGGUGUGGAAGCCGGCACGGUGUGGGGAUUGCGUGAGCCUCUUGAAAAGCCUUAGAAACAGUGGCGUCUUUGCUCACUGGUUUUGAGGCCUUGUUAUCAUCUUGUUUUUAACUGUACUGUGUUUUUGUUACAUCUGUUUCUGUUUGAGUGUCUGUUUGGGAGAAUAAAUGCAAGGGUGAAAGCGGUAGAUCCUAUAUGUGAUUUAUACCACUCUUAGCUUGUGGAGUCAAUUGUGUGCUAUGUUUUUUCUUGGGUGAUUGUUUGUUGCCAAACAGCCCCUUAAUAUUAUUCCCCUUAAUAUUAUUCCUAUCUUAUGUAUCAAUGUUAUGCUUUUUUGGUACCUUUUUUUAAUUUUUUUUUGUUUCACGCCAGAACACAAAUAUUUUCAUUGAUCUAUAGAAUACAUCUUUAUGCUUCCU